UUUGACUAUUUUUAAGUUAGUAUUAUAUGCAAUAUACUCAACACAUAAACUUAAAAAAACUUAAAACUUAAAAAGUUAUUUGCUUAAUUUUGAUUUGUGCACUCAUUGCUCUUGAUGAAUCUAGUGUUACAGUUGUACAGUUAAUAGGCAUGAAAAAUAUUAUUUUUCCUUGUUUAUCCUUAUGGUCCAUUAAAUUCGCAUUUGUACAUAAGGAUCAGCUUAUAUAGUGGUGAAACUCCGCUAUACCUACCAUGCACACUGCUUUGCUACUCACUCUGAUGACGGACUUUUGAGAAGCUGCUAAUGGACGGAACAGCUGCUAGUAUAGGGCUGCAGGGAUUGUGUUUAUAACCACCGGAGAGGAGGAGUGGUUCAGAUUAGAAGGUGGGUAAAUACAGGGCACUGAUCCAUACAUGAGCCUGUGAGUGAUGUAGCAAGAUCCGCCCAUGCUCUACCUCUGCUACUAAUUUUGGUCUUCCGCCAGCGGUCAGUCACUCUCACAUCAGCACAGCGGAUUACUGUUCAGCUCCUCAUAUAAACAAGCUGAUUGCAAUCAACAAGCUUCAUCAGGAGAUUAAAGAAUGGACCUCCACACCUUACAUUCGCAUCAGGAAGGAAAAGAUGUGGAUGUAUUUUGCAUGGACCUAAUGUGAGUUUUUACAUUUGGUCAUUUGUAUUUUAUUUUUAUUUUUAUAUACAAGACCUCCAAAGAGAUGGACCAAGCACAGCCCAUGGCAAAUGAAGAAAAUGAUGUCUUAAACUCAGUGUUGAGGAUUGGGCUUAUUCCAACAAUGAAGGACUGAAAUAUGUAGCUGUGUCCAUGUGUCGUCAUGUCCAGUAAGGAUGAUGAUUACUCGGGGCAGCCAGUAUGGCACUCUGUGCUGAUUUUUUGCUGUAAGGGCAUGAUUGAAGGCAUCAUUGUCGUGCUUUUCAUGUGGCUGCUGAUUCAGGUGCUCUUCACUAAACACCUGGAAGUCCACCUCCAGAUUCUGCUUGGUGUGGGCUUGGUGGUCUUCUGUUUAUCUCUGGUCCUGGGCUGUGUCCUCUGUUGGAGAAGGACCCGGCGAAAACGUCCUGAAGACAAAGAGAACCAGACAUCAGCCCCCCCACCUCCUGCUGCUGAUCAUGUGACCCUGGCCGUUCACCCCUCUGUGUCCUCAGAGGCCACUACCACAAAAGUUGAGUAUGAAGAGCUGGAAGGAGAUGUACUUGACUACCCAUCUGCCUUCGAAAGUUCCACACCAUCAGAUGAUGAUUUUAGCGCCAUGUCCUUUGCCUCAAGACCUCGUACCACCUCGGAACUUAACAAACAGCCCAAGUCUUGCUUCCCCCUACGGCGGCUAAGCUCCCCAACUCUCUCCACACCACUCUACAGACCAAUGGUCAGUGGACGCUCCUCACUGCCCUCCUUUCCCAAGCUUGGACUCCUGUCAAAGACCCAGAAAGUGCUUAAGCACCAUUGCCCUGUGACGGGGGACAUCUGCCCCAACAGUGAAAGCACGUCCUCAGCAAGUCCAAGUUCCCUCUCCUCCAUUCAACACCAAAGCCAGCUUGUGCAGAACCCUUUGUUCCCCAGCUAUGGUUUAAAUGUAAGCUAUAAAAAUAUAGAUCCUUCCCUGAAUUUUACCCUGACUUUCUCAGCAGCACAGCAGACACUUACCAUCUCCUUGCUCGGCCUUACAGGGACGGUGUACAAGCUGGGAAGGGUGAUGGUUGAGGCCAGUCUGCCACCACUCUGCAGAGGUCCUUUGGAUGCAUCUGACCAGCCACAAAGCCUCAGCCCCGACCUUCACCUGGUUCUUCAGGUCCGCACUCUUGAAGAACUCCAGAGCUGUACACUCAGACUUGCUGUGUUCUCCCAGGAAAGAACUGGUACAAAAGCUUCUCUUUUAGGGAGGUUGGACAUAGACUGUGGGAGAAUAGACUGGAUAUUAGACAGACCUAUUGCAUGCACAAGUCCAUUAAGAUGAACUGUGUAACAAAGUACAGGGGGUAACGGUUAUGUCAGAUUCAGGAACGUGUUCCUGUCAAGAACUCUCUUUCUUUUAUUGGUCAAUAAGGUGCAAACAAUGGCUAUUUACAUUCACACAUCUGUGGAAUUACAUAUAGAAUCAUAUAGAACAAAUCACAGUCAUAGACUCCAUUCAGCAAUUGUAGCUUGUCAGACUGUUAUGCAAGAGUCUGGGAAUUUUAGCCAUACUCUGCUUUUUGAGGCCUAAGUAAGCCUUGAUGUUUGCUUUUAAUGUUUUGGAUUAAAUGAUUGUCUUACAGGAUCUAAGUUCCACAGGAGAUCAUCUCAUUUUUUUAAUGACAUUGUAGUUUAAUCCUGCAGACAGCAGUCCAAUCCUUUCUCUUUCCCUCUCUGAUCCGCUCAAACCACUGCAAUAUGAGUCUGUCAACAUGCAUUCAUAAAUAUUUCAUCUGUGCGUUUGACAUAAAAUCAGAAUAUAAUGUAUGUAUCACAGAAAAUGUCAGACAGGUUUCUUUUGAAUUAAAUUGUGUAAUAGUUUUGCUGCAGCAUAAGCAUAUAAACAACUGCCCUUAGCAUUUGCAAUGUUUAUAAUUAUUAUACAUGAAAGCAAAUCCCUGGAUGAUGAAAUUGAUAUUUACACACAUGGAAAUAUGGCUCAUAACAUCUGGCAGAAUGUUAUGCUGGCCUCAUCAGUAGUACUAUUAUAAUUACUGUAAUCUGUAAUGACCCACCAUUGCUACGAAUGGGGCACAAAGUGAUUCUCACCACUAUGGUGAUCCCACCAAGCUGGAUGUUGUUUUUAUCAUAAGUAAAUAUUUGACUUACUCAAUAGCAUGUAUAAUAAAAAUGUGUUUUCAUCCACAGCUGUAACAUUUUGUCACUGUUAAAUAUAGAUGUAAUGAUGAAUAAACAAUUGAAAGAAAUCAUCCUUAAAACU